AUGGCAGUCGACGGCAGUGUGCACAGAGCCACCUUUGACGCGCCUCUCAUACACCAACAGCGCUCGACAUCACGCUCGACCUCACACUCGACGCAAACACCUGAACACUCACCUAUCGACACUGCACGCGCCCAAUUGGCCUCGAAAAUGCCUUCGGUCGCCGCCUCAGCAGCAGAUGUUGCGCCCGCCCUGAAGAGGAAGCAAUCGUCGCCGAUGAUGCCUCCCUUUAUGGUGUCUGCACCUGGCAAAGUCAUUGUGUACGGAGAGCAUGCAGUCGUGCAUGGCAAGGCUGCGAUUGCUGCUGCCAUCUCGCUCCGCUCCUACCUCCACGUCUCGUUUCUCUCCAAAUCGAACCGAACCGUGAAGCUGCGCUUCCCCGACAUACAGAUGGAACACACGUGGAACAUCGACGACUUGCCCUGGGACGCUUUCGCCAAGGCAGGGAAGAAGAAGUACUACUACGAUCUGGUGACCGCACUGGACCCCGACCUCAUGGCCGCCAUACAGCCCUUCAUCGAUGAGGUCUCGCCCAAAGCCCCCGAGUCAAUGCGCAAGAUACAGCAUGCCUCGGCUUGCUCCUUCUUGUACCUCUUUCUCUCGCUGGCUUCGAGGAAGACACCACCGUGCGUGUACACACUGCGCUCGACAAUACCCAUAGGCGCCGGACUGGGCAGCAGUGCCAGCAUCUCUGUUUGCUUGAGCGCCGCUUUGCUCAUGCAAAUCCGCGCGUUGAGCGGGCCUCACCAAGACCAGCCGCCGCAGGAAUGCGAACUGAACAUUGAGCGCAUCAAUCGCUGGGCAUUUGUUGGAGAAAUGUGCAUUCACGGCAACCCUUCGGGCAUCGACAACACAGUGUCGUCGGGCGGCAAGGCAGUACUGUACCAAAGGAUGGGCGAGGGCAAGCCACCUCGCGUUGAACCGCUCCACAACUUCCCAGAGCUUCCCUUGUUAUUGGUGAACACACGACAGUCUCGCAGCACAGCUACUGAAGUCGCAAAGGUCGGCACGCUCCGGACCCUGCACCCAGCCCUCGCCGAGAACAUUCUCGAAUCCAUUGGUAUGGUCACCGAAUCCGCUCACCAACUUCUCACAUCCCCCGAUUUCGAUCCUACUUCUCACGCCGCACUCAAACAUCUCGGCGAGCUUGUGACUAUAAAUCACGGCUUGCUCGUCUCGCUCGGCGUUUCGCACCCCAAACUGGAGCGAGUCCGCGAACUCAUCGACCACACCGGCAUCGGCUGGACGAAGCUUACCGGCGCCGGCGGAGGAGGCUGCGCCAUAUCAAUCAUCAAGCCCAAGCCACCGGCGCUCUCCAGCGGCCACAGCAACGGCAAUCAGGAACUCUCCUCUGACGAGUCUGACAAUUCUUCCGAAGCCGACUGCAGCGCAUCGGUGAUCUCGAAUGGUACCAGGCUCAAGCACAAGAUUUUGGAUUCUCUUGAAGCCAAGCUGGAAGACGAAGGAUUCGAGAAGUUUGAGACGACGCUCGCCGGUGACGGUGUCGGCAUCUUAUGGCCAGCUGUACUACACAACGGCAACGAGGAAGAGGGUGGGGAGGAAAUUGACCAAGAAAAAUUCCUGAUGGCUGAGGGUACUGUGGGGAUAGAAAGGUUAGUUGGCGUGGCGAGCCCUAGAAGAAAGCUUGCGAAGGACGUCCGAGAAGGCUGGAAGUUCUGGAGACCGUGGGUCACGCACGAGGAAUGA